AGUUGCUUUUCUGCGCUAUCUGGGGUCGCUCUGCUGGAGGUGAAGGACCGCCUGUCCCCUCUCCGCCGUUUGCUGUCAAUGGCUUUCGGGGCGUAUUUUAUUUGAAUGUCUGGGCCUUUUAAAUAACCAAUAAUGGAUAUUCUUUGGAUAUUAUGGACCAUACCGGCCGUGAUCGCUGUUGAAGAGACACUCAUGGACUCCACCACAGCCACAGCGGAGCUCGGCUGGACCGUCUACCCCGUGUCUGGGUCCAGUGACAACAGCUGGGAGGAGGUGAGCGGCUACGACGAGAACAUGAACACCAUCCGGACGUACCAGGUCUGCAACGUCUUCGACAACAACCAGAACAACUGGGUCCGGACCAAGUACAUCCGACGCCGCGGCGCGCAGCGCAUCCACGUGGAGAUGAAGUUCUCCGUGCGCGACUGCAGCAGCAUUCCCAACGUGCCGGGCUCCUGUAAGGAGACAUUCAACCUGUAUUACUACGAGUCCGACACGGACGUGGCCACCAGAACCGCGCCGCCCUGGAUGGAGAACCCCUGGAUCAAGGUCGACACCAUCGCAGCAGAUGAGAGCUUCUCGCAGGUGGACCUGGGCGGCAGAGUGAUGAAGAUCAACACCGAGGUCCGGAGCUUCGGCCCCGUGUCCCGGCACGGCUUCUACCUGGCCUUCCAGGACUACGGCGGCUGCAUGUCGCUCAUCGCCGUCCGCGUCUUCUACCGGAAGUGUCCGCGCGUCAUCACCAACGGGGCGCUGUUUCAGGAGACGCUCUCUGGGGCCGAGAGCACGUCCCUGGUGGCGGCGCGAGGCGUCUGCAUCCCCAACGCCGAGGAGGUGGACGUGCCCAUUAAGCUGUACUGCAACGGCGACGGAGAGUGGAUGGUGCCCAUCGGGCGCUGCAUGUGCAAGGCUGGGAACGAGCCUGUGGAGAACGGGACGGUGUGUCGAGCUUGUCCGUCAGGCUUCUUCAAGCCCGUUCAAGGAGACGAUCCCUGUCUGCAGUGUCCCAUCAACAGUCGCACGACCAGCGAGGGCGCCAUCAACUGCAUCUGUCGCAACGGAUACUAUCGCACCGACUCCGACCCCCUCAUGAUGCCCUGCACCACCGUCCCCUCGGCGCCGCAGAGCGUCAUCUCCAGCGUGAACGAGACCUCGGUGAUGCUGGAGUGGACGCCUCCGCGCGACUCGGGCGGCCGCGAGGACGUCGUCUUCAACAUCAUCUGCAAGAGCUGCGGCGGCGGCCGCGGCGGCUGCACGCGCUGCGGCGACAACGUGCAGUUCCUGCCGCGGCAGCUGGGCCUGACGGACAGCUGCGUCUACAUCAGCGAGCUGCUGGCACACACGCAGUACACGUUCGAGGUGCAGGCGGUCAACGGGGUGUCGGACCAGAGCCCCUACUCCCCUCAGUACGCCUCGGUCAACAUCACCACCAACCAGGCCGCUCCAUCCACCGUCUCAAUAAUGCACCAGGUCAGUCGAAGUGUGGACAGCAUCACUCUCACCUGGUCCCAGCCUGACCAGCCCAACGGAGUCAUCCUGGACUAUGAGCUCCAGUUUUAUGAGAAGGACCAGUCGGAAUACAACUCGACCACCAUCAGGAGCCAGACCAACACGGUGGUGACCCGCGGCCUCAAGCCGGGCAGCAUCUACGUGUUCCAGGUCCGGGCGCGCACCGUGGCCGGCUUUGGACGCUACAGCGGCAAAAUGUACUUCCAGACCAUGACUGUGGAGGAGUACAACACCAGCAUUCAGGAGAAGCUGCCGCUCAUCAUCGGCUCGGCAGCUGCAGGCUUGGUUUUCCUCAUCGCUGUGGUCGUGAUCGUCAUCGUGUGCAACCGGAGGCGUGGCUUCGACCGGGCCGAUUCAGAAUACACAGACAAGCUGCAGCACUACACCAGCGGCCACAUGACUCCAGGAAUGAAGAUUUAUAUUGAUCCGUUCACUUACGAGGACCCCAACGAGGCGGUGAGGGAGUUCGCCAAGGAGAUUGAUAUAUCCUGCGUGAAGAUUGAACAGGUCAUUGGUGCAGGGGAGUUCGGGGAGGUGUGCAGCGGGAACCUGAAGCUGCCGGGGAAGCGCGAGAUGUUUGUGGCCAUAAAGACGCUGAAGUCCGGCUACACGGAGAAGCAGCGGCGGGACUUCCUGAGCGAAGCGAGCAUCAUGGGCCAGUUCGACCAUCCCAACGUCAUCCACCUGGAAGGCGUGGUCACCAAGAGCAGCCCUGUCAUGAUCAUCACGGAGUUCAUGGAGAACGGCUCUCUGGACUCGUUCCUCAGGCAAAACGACGGGCAGUUCACGGUGAUCCAGCUGGUGGGGAUGCUCCGCGGCAUCGCCUCGGGCAUGAAGUACCUGGCCGGCAUGAACUACGUGCACCGCGACCUCGCCGCCCGCAACAUCCUGGUCAACAGCAACCUGGUGUGCAAGGUGUCGGACUUCGGCCUCUCGCGCUUCCUGGAGGACGACACGUCGGACCCGACCUACACCAGCGCCCUGGGAGGGAAGAUCCCUAUCCGAUGGACGGCGCCCGAGGCCAUCCAGUACAGGAAGUUCACCUCCGCCAGCGACGUGUGGAGCUACGGCAUCGUCAUGUGGGAAGUGAUGUCCUACGGAGAGAGGCCUUACUGGGACAUGACCAAUCAGGAUGUCAUCAACGCCAUAGAGCAGGACUACCGGCUGCCCCCCCCCAUGGACUGCCCCAGCGCGCUGCACCAGCUCAUGCUGGACUGCUGGCAGAAGGACCGCAACAACCGGCCCAAGUUCAGCCAGAUCGUCAACAACCUGGACAAGAUGAUCCGCAACCCCAACACCCUGAAGGCCAUGACCCCGUUGUCGUCAGGCGUUCACCUCCCUCUGCUGGACCGCAGCAUCCCGGACUUCUCCAGCUUCAGCACCGUGGACGAGUGGCUGGACGCCAUCAAGAUGGGCCAGUACAAGGACAGCUUCGCCAGCGCUGACUUUUCUACCUUUGAUGUGGUGUCCCAGAUGACCAUGGAGGACAUCCUGAGGGUCGGCGUGACGCUAGCAGGCCACCAGAAGAAGAUCCUCAACAGCGUCCAGAUGAUGCGGGCGCAGAUGAACCAGAUCCAGUCGGUGGAGGUCUGACACUGAGCGGAGCGGGGGGGGGGGCGUCGGGACGCAGGCUCUGGGAGGAGGCGCUGGGACGUGUGGUGUUUUCUUCUUUCCUGGGUCUGGUCUUUCCACCGGGCCGCUUCCCCCCCCCCUCCACUUCCUCGUCUCCUUCUCUUAUCCCCACAUCCUGAGUCUCCCUCCAUCCUUGGGAUCAGCUGUGGACAGUUGUGGGAAACAAAAGGAAGCAUCAGAAAUCCCAUCCCACAGCCGGUCUCCUUCUGGAGCCAGAAGCAUGAGAGGUUCGAAGUGACCAGCAACACAUUUUUCAAUCUUCCACCAACUUUCGUUUGACGUUGAACUUUUUCUUUUUUUGGGUUAGUUUGUUCUGAUAAUUUUGUAAAAAAAAAUUUUAAGAAAAUAAAGAAAAACCCGAGCAAAGGCGAAGAUCCUGAGGAAAUGUAUACAGUAGAAGACAUAAGGUUGUACACUAGACAGACUGCGUAGAGAAGCUACCCUUUAAAAGGGCGAAACAACAGAGGAGCAAAGAGCAGGAGCCGAGGAGACGACGCCGUCCUCCCCGGACGCGCUCACGUCUGUGUCCUUCUUCAUUUCUGGACGUGAUGAGGAAACAGAGGACGGACUGCAGAGGAGGCCUUCGUUUCCAUGGGACAUGAAAAAAAACUGAUGUCAGAAACACAGACAGAUCAACAAAACAAGUUUUUUUUUCUCAUUGCAAGAAAUUUUCUAUAAUGUGUGAAAGUUUGUGAUGUCACCCCCCCCCCCCCCCCCCCCCCCAAACACACACACACACACACACACACCGCUUUCUUUGAUGUCUGGCCGUCUAAUGUUUUCUACCACCUCUCUGUUCCACUCUUUGCAGCCCAGUCGUGAUCCUGUCCUGUACGUCUCACAUGAACUCGAGCUGUCGUGACGUAAUGAGUUCUGACCCGUCACGUCGACCACGUCUUCUUUUAACCUGUUGCGUGUUUAUUUUGUGAAGUGAAAAGAAGCUUAGAAGAAAAACGGACCACAAGCAUCUGACGGGUUCACACAACGAACCACAGCUCACGUACACGUUGUAUAAUCCGCCCUCUCGUCCCUAAUCUCCGGUGGCGCCCUUGGUUCCUAAAGCGCCGGGGCCUCGUGUGCGACACCGAGCCAGCGCUUCACUUCGCUGUGUUGAUCUGUUUGCCGAGCGCUGGGGUUCGAUACACUUUCCAGAGAUGAGUGUGGCUGCGUUUCAUUCACUGAUGAUUUUUUAAGACAUUUUUUAAUUUUGAACGUUUUAAGGUUUUGAUGCCACAUGUGGUGAUUUUACACACAGUUAACAAACAAACAACACAAUCAGUCAUUUGUUCAGUUACAAACAAAAUGCAGUGUGUUGCAGAUUCUGUAUAAAGUGUAUUGAAUUAUGAUUAUUAUUAUGAUUAUUAUCACCUUUUAGAUUAUUUAGAGUCUUUUCUUUGACUCACUCCGGAUCUUCCACCAACGCUUUGAGUUUAUUUUUGGACGUGAUGAGGAAACUGGCUGGUAUUUCCUGCGUGUUUUCUGUGAACAGUGUUUGCUGAUGUCGUUGGGGUUGUGGGUUCAGAGGUGGAGUUCGACUCCUCUGAGCUGAGAUCGGCCCGUGACGCGGCCUCACCGGCCUCCAGACGCGGUGUCCAGCUGUGCGCCGUCGCUCAGACGCGCCCGCCGCGGCCGCGCCCGCCGCGGCCGCGCCCGCCGCGGUCGCCCCGUGGACGGCGGUUCCUCCCUCUCCCCGCGAUCACGCACGCCUGCCGGCCACCUGUUUGCCGCCGCCACUGAUCUCCGCGCUGUCGGCUUCCAGUUGUCCGGUUUCGUCUCGGCCGCUUUAAAAGCAUCAGCAGCAGCGGGGCGGUGGAGCAGUUGUGCCCGUCUCAUCCUGAUGCUGGAAAAGGAAUGCUGCCGACUGAACAGUGCUUCCAUGUCGCUCGUACCAAAACCUUGGAUUUUGUAGUUUUUGAUGCUCCAGGCAGCUUUAGCACCAAAGCCCUUGUUCAAAAAUAUCCUUGAAACCUCAGUUACUGCACCCACGUCGUCUCUGUCUCUGUCUGUCCAGAGUUUGAGUCCAGACCUGCAGGGCCUUUUUUAUUUACAGAACAUCAACACAAAUAUUCCCCAAGAUGCUUUUAUAACACACGGAACCUGAGUCACGGAUCAGGAGCGGGCGAGGAGUGAUGCGCUGACCUGAAGCCGCUGAUGCUAACGCGCAGCUUAGUUACUGUAGUUUCCUCUGUUUUACGCCGUCUUCCUUUUCCAGUUCUCAGCACUUAACAGCUCAUCAGUUUUAUUUAGCGAGGCUCAGGCUGGAGGUCCGCAAACACGCCGUCGCCAGGAAAAACACUUAACGUUGUUUUAGAAAUUAAUCCACACAUGGCUGCCGCGUUUCCAGACCCUAUUAAAGUUCAUUAAGAUGCUUGUCUGCCGGCGCUGCCAAGACUUUGAGUUAUUAAUCAAGGACUUAUCCUUGAACCUGUGCAAGGAGCAGCCUUAGGAUGGUCAGGCACAGUUACUGCUCGACGUAAAAGCCAGCAGAAGCGGCGCUGCUCCGCGAUGCAGACCCUCAACACCGUCGGCUCAACUUCUCCAGGCUCCACUUUCUUUUUUUUUGCAGAGAACCUUUUGAUUGAAUGUGAAGUGUUUUCAAGCACCGCAUGAAGUAUUUAUGUAUCUUAUGAUUUUAAUGGCACAAAAGAAACAUAUUGUUGCACUUCACGCUGAGCACUGAUCAGCAGGAGGAGAAAUUGCCGCACUUACAUCAAGUGUUUGGAGUGAUUCUGAGCUUCUUUCAGCACCAGGCUGGCUGUUUGUGAGACAGCGGGCGAAGACGCUUGUGUCUCAGUCCAGCGAAGAGAAAUGUUUACAGGUUUUUAAUGAAUCUGGGUUAUGAAAGGACUCAGCGUGUGAUUAUCCUUUUACUGCUCUUUAUAAAUGGUCAGAUCACAUCGUGCUGGAGGGUUUUUACAGAAGUGAAGUGUUGGAUACAUGUGAAUAUUGGAUCAGCCGGAACUUUGUCAUUUCAAGAUGUGUGCACCAACAAACGCGUUUGUGUGCGUUCGAUCAGCCGCCUGCCUCGCUCGUAACACAUUUGUUUCCUGCAGAUCACUUCCCAGAAUCUUUUUUGUAGUUUUAUUGUGAAAUCUCCUAGUUUAUAGCACCAAAAUGUGUCAGCUACACACUCCGGCUUCUCAAGUUUGAAAAAAAAAACAAAAAAAAACAGUCUUUGGAUUUUUCUUUUGUAAAUUAAAAAAGAUGCAAUGUGAUCGUGACACUUUGAGCAGAACAUGCUGUACUGUCUCCUCUUACAUCUGUGAAGCGAAGUGAACUCACCGGGCCUCGCUCGGCCCAAUGUGCCAAUAUCAGCAGGACGGAGUCGAACCGUGGACGCUCCGCGUUGCUCAGACGCGAGCUGCGCCAGUCGGACCCACUGCGCUCGGGCGCGGGUCGUCUCCUGCCGUGGUGCACAGAAAAUGGCCCCUGUGCGGGCGCCCGCGGGCCGUGGCGCCGGAGCGCCCUCUAGUGGCGCGGCGCUUGGAGCCACGCAGCAGAGCUCCGCGUUCCGGCCGCUGACGGACAAACACUGGCUGCUGCCCAGAAAAAGCCUGUGUCUUCCCCUCUGGUGGACCUUCAUACCGCUACGGGAGCCGCCACCUGCGUUCCCCUAAUCACACAGUGCCCCCCCCCCCCCCCCCCCCCCCCCAUGUCUCUGGCUGCUCAGGCAGGCAGGGAUGGGUCUCCACUCGUUCAUUUGAUUUGUAAAGCCCACAUUCUAGACCAGUGCCGGUUCAGACCACUGUGACUGAUGUGGGAGAGCCUGUAUUUCUGUAUAAAUGUAUAUUGACUGUAACCCUGUGAAUGAUGUAACAAUUUCAUUAUUUGUAAUAUUGUCAUUGGUUUAUUUUCUAAAAAUGGAAAGCCCAACUUGACUCUCCUCAAUAAAAAAAUAAGAUCUGUUAUAAAACAA